GCCCCAAGCAUUUUACUAGUCCCGGCUGGUAAAAACAAGCAGUCAGCAUAUAAAAGCAUAUGCAUGGCGCUAACAUCCAGUCAUAUGAUGGUUGAGCCUCCUUCCUAUCAGUAAAGCAAAGUUUAAUCAAAAGCGGAUGCACUUGAAAAUGUUGAAGGUUACAAUUAUCCUCGCUACUAUGGCUGCAGCGUUGGCUAUGCCUCAGCGGUACCGUCCCUUCGGUGGUGCCUAUGGGCGUCCGCAAGGCGGAUUCGGGCAAGGUGGAUACGGCCAGCCUGGUUACUAUCAAGGCGGAUAUGCACAGCCAGGAUUCCAUCAAGGUGGCAUAGCUCAGCCAGGUGCAUUAGCCGGUGUGGGUUCUGGAACAGGAGCCGGAGCUGGAACUGGUAACGCUGGCCCUGGAGGAGUUUCCGCAUCAGGCGUGGGAAUUUCCAGCGCUCAGAAUGGAGGGUUUGGUACGUCUUCGGGCACUGGAACAGCCAACCUCAACACUUUCACAGGAGAAGCUGGAGCGACAGGCACUGGUGACGGAAGCAGUGGUGGUGCUGGUCUAUUAGGUGCAUUCGGUCGUCCGCAGGGCGGGUUUGGCCAGCCCGGUUUCAAUCAAGGUGGAUACGCUCAGCCAGGCUUCCAGCAAGGCGGAUACGCUCAGCCAGGCUUCCAGCAAGGCGGAUACGCUCAACCAGGCUUCCAGCAGGGUGGCGUUGCUCAGCCCAAUUUCGCAGGAUUUCCAGGUUUCGGUGGUUCUGGAACCGGCUCGGGAGCUGGAACAGGUAGUGCUGGACCAGGAGGAGUAUCAGCAUCCGGCGUUGGCAUCUCGAGCGCACAGGGCGGCGGAUUCGGCACUGGUUCCGGCACUGGAACCGCCCACCUCAACCUCUUCUCUGGUCAAGCUGGAGCCACUGGUCAAGGAAGCGGAAGCAGCGCCGGAAAAUAAACUUGCAUCAAGCUGGGACUGUGUUCUUUCCAACAUUGUUAUUGUUUAACAUACCUGAUUUUUUUUUUUAGAUACAUGCCUGUGUUUCUUUAUCAAAAAUACAUUUGCCUAUAAAAGCAA